ACAUCGACAGCACCUGCUCUGAGUUUGAGCACGGCUCAGCCCUACACAUCGCGGCGUCCAAUCUGGCACUAGAGGCCUGCAAGCUGCUCUUACAGAACGGGGCCAACCCCUCGCUCAAGGACGACCUUGGCCGAACGCCGCUCGACUGCAUCCCGGACCUUUCCUCUUUCGACGAGUCCUCCAACAUGGGUCACCUGAUCAAGAAGGUGAAGAAGACGCUGAGCGAGGCAGUGCCCCCGACCUCCAGACAGCCGCCGCCCAACUACGACCUUGUGCAGAGCAAGGUCACACUACAGGCGCUGGGCCUGGCCACGGGCGACAAGAUUCUGGUUGGAGGGGUCAAGGCUUGGGAAAGAAUUCUGGCCUUGAGGUGGAGAAUCAUGACAUUGACUACAACGAGAGAGUGGUGGUGGCUGGACAGAGGAAGGGAACGGUCAAGUUUAUCGGAGAGACACAGUUUGCCCCAGGUGUGUGGUACGGGGUGGAGUUGGACCGCCCGGUGGGGAAAAACGACGGCUCUGUGAACGGCGUCACCUACUUCUCCUGUCAGCCCAAACAUGGCGUCUUUGCUCCGGGUACUCGGCUACAGAAAUUGGGCGACAAACGUUUCAGCAGCAACGAAUCCCUGGACACCAUCAGCUGGGGUGCCGUGUCGGAGAAAGUCGACCGCAGAUCUACGCCCAACAUGAACCGCAGCCGGACUCCCACUCGCCCCAGUCGGCAGAGCCUGAGUCUGUCUCGUGUGCCGGGCCAGAGCACAGCACAGGUGUUGGAGCCGGGAGUCACUGUGCUUUGUAACAAUGAGCUGGGGGUGAUCAGGUACAUGGGACCCACAGAGUUUGGCGAGGGAACGUGGCUGGGCAUCGAACUACGGAAACCUAAAGGCAAGAACGACGGCAGCGUGCAGGGUAAGCGCUACUUCACGUGCCCCGACAACUGCGGCCUGUUGAUAUGA